AUGUAUUAUCAUCAUCUAAAUAAUUUGAUAGCUUUAUUUUUCGUCCUUCCAACAUUAGUACAAUUAUUAUCAGUUAACACAGAUAUUUUAAUUAUACCACGCAAUGCUCCCUCUGGUUUUGUUCUACUCGAAGAAACGAAGCCAACUCGAAUAUACGAGUUUCGACAGUGUAUUAAUCAAAGCGAACAAUUACAUCUCGAUAUCGAUGAAAAAUAUGGUGAUUUAAUAUUAAAGAAACCAAUUGAUAAUGUUCAAUCUAAUCAACAACGACUUCUCUGUACAAUUCAUCGAAAUCAAUCAACGAUAUUGAAACUUUACUAUACAAUUGUUCAUUUAACGAAUGAUAUCAGUUUUACAUCACCAAUUUAUCAUGCCGAUCCAAUGUCUUUUGUUGUACAUCGAUUCCGUGGAAUUGAAUGUCGACCGGCUUCAUCGUCGAUUCAUUAUGAAUUUGUUGAUCCGUCAGUUCCAUUGAGUAUAAAUGAAAGAACAGGCGAACUUUCGACAAAGGAUAUGUGUCCAAAUAUCGAUGACGUUCUCGUGAAGUGCUACGAUACAUCCAAUCGAAUGAAGAAUGCCUACGCAAAAAUCAUCUUCGAUCAAAUUUGUCAAAUCAGUUCUAUCAAACAAUCAGACAACAAUUGGGUUAAUCGACUAGGUGAAGAACGAAGAAAACGAAAUCAGUUUCAAGAAUUCGGUACAGUGCUGACGCAUUCAAUUCGUUCUCGUCGACAGCAAUCAGCUCAACCACCAACACGUUUAACACUUCGAUUUAACGAGUCUUACAUCGGUGCUAUAACCCAAAUAAAAUAUUGUCGAAAACAAACAUCAAAAGAUCAUCUCGAACAGACAUUUACAUUUCCAUCGAAGUACGAAGCAUUUCUACGCGAACGUUUACAAAUGAAUGAUCAAGGACAAUUAUAUAUCUUACGUCCAUUCGAUUAUGAAACAUUUCAAACGGUUACAUUUCAAUUCCAUUGUUUAAUCUUAGAACAACAAAACGGUGGACUGAACUUAACACGUGUGAAUAAAACCGAAGAUAUUCAAAUCGUAGUCGAUGAUAUCAAUGAUGAAGUACCACGAUGGACUAUGGAUGAACCGUUUCAAUAUGGAACAUAUUUCGCCUAUGUGGAAAAAACUGCUCGACCGGAAACGCCAGUAUUUCGUUUUAAAGCAUCGGAUCCGGAUACCACAUCGAAAUUAACGUAUGAAAUCGUUCAAGGAGAUAAGAAUCUUUUCUAUCUAUCAUCCGACGGAACAUUAACAACACAUUCGAAUCAACAAUUAGUAUCUCCAAUGUACAAUCUAACUGUUCGAGCAGUUGAUUUGAAUUCUCAAGUUUCAUCGAUGUCUCGUUCUACCGAGGCUCAUCUCUUAAUUCGCACUGAUCGUUUCGAACCGAAAUUUUUCCUACAGAAGUACAUAUUCAAUGUCAGCGAAUACACACAGCCAUCGACAGUUAUCGGAACCAUUCGAGCGAAGUCUUAUUCGACAACGAGUGAUAACUUACGGUAUUUUUUACAACAACCCAUCACUGGCGGUACGCAAACAAUGCUUCAAUCGGGAACUAUCAUUGGCGGUGGGGGUGAUAUGUAUGAAUUCAAAAUUGACGAAACAGAAGGAUCAAUAAAAAUCUUGAAGAUGUUAAGAUAUUCUGAUCAACACAAUAAUAAUACGAAAUAUUUUACAGGCGUCGUCAAAGAACUAAGUGGUUGGCAAUUACAAUCUCAUGUUGAAAUUGAAAUUCAUGUCAUCGAUAUCAACGAUAAAAUUCCGACAUUCAAACAGACUUACUACACACCACAGAUAUCGGAAGAUUAUCCAUUGAAUACUCCGAUUAUAAAUUUCACUGUUACUGAUGACGAUGCACGAAAUACUCCGAAUUCGAACAUUACGCUGGAUUUGAUUGAUCCCUAUGGAAAAUUUGCCAUAUUCAAUGAUACUCGUGUGUCAACAUCGAAUAAUAUUCAAGCAUAUCUCAUUGCAAAAGAACGUUUGGAUUACGAAUCUUUGUCACCAUUAGAUCGACAGUAUAAAUUGAAGAUCAUCGCACGUGAUAAUGGACAUCCGCAGCCAUUGCAAUCCGAAGCGCAGAUUUACAUCACAGUUACGGAUGUGAACGAUGAGCCACCGGUUUUCAAAGAAAAUCCUGUACAGAAAACAAUUGCAGAAAAUACUCAACGAGGAACAUUCGUGGUAUUUGUCGAUGUUGUUGAUCCCGAAUACAAUGACUCGGUCACUGUACACUUUUUACCAACAUCAGAGUACAACCCAUUUCGAAUUAUCACAAGUCCUGGCGGCGGUCGAGUUAUUCUCGAACAAGCGCUUCUACCUGACAAAGAACUCUACAAUUUAACUAUCCAAGCAUCUGAUCGACUCGGACAUACAUCUCAGGCACAACUUCUAAUUACUAUCUACGAUGUCAAUGAUCAUACGCCACAUAUUGACCAAUGCGAAAAUGGAAUAAUUACAGCUGCGAUUCGUGAAAAUGCAACAGUGAACACUCAGAUCAUCAAAAUCAAUGCGACCGAUGACGAUCGCGGAUUGAACGGUGAAAUCCAAUUUUCUUUGCGAGGAACCAAUGAUCCUCAACAAGAUUCUGAUAUGUUCUCUAUUGAUCCUGAUACCGGAAUGGUUUCGAAUAAGAAGAAACUAAAACAUCUCAAAUCAGGAUUUAGCGAAUAUACAAUGACUAUAUUUGCACAGGAUAAAGAUCCUUCAAAUCCACGUUCAACACAUUGUAUUCUCAAGAUCACUGUUGAAGAUAUCAAUGAUCACUAUCCUGUGAUCACGUCGCCGGCUCGUGAUAAUGAUUUGAUUUCCAUCAAAAUGGAAAAACGCGUUAAUUUCAACUAUCCCGUGCUAGUCGUUCGCGCUAAAGAUGAAGAUAGUGGAAGGAAUGCUCUUCUACAUUUUUCACUCAAAUCUCGUGAUGACUGUUCAAAUGGCAAUGAAUUCUUUACGAUUGAUCCUCAAUCAGGUGUCAUAUCAACACGCGCAUCAAAUGUCAACAAUCCAAUUAAUUUACAAUUAAAAUAUUGUCUUGUUGUACAAGUAUGCGAUUCGCCAGAUGAUGGCCCACCGAAAUGUUCGGAACGUAAAGUUCAAUUUCAAUUGUCUCAAGAUGGUUUUGAGCCACCUGUUUGGGCACCAGAAACUGCAUUGACCUUUCAACGUGUUAUGAAAGUCGUUGAAUUAGCACAGCAGAACAUCGUGAUCGAUACUUUUAAAGCAUCUAUUGCCAAUGAUUCAACGAAAAAAGUGAUCUUCGAAAUGGAACCGUUCAAUUGGACGUGUUCAAAUGCAGCAUCGGCUAGUGAAAAACCACGUAUCCCAUUCUUAUUAACUCCGGAUGAGAAUGGACGUAACAUUGCCCGACUAGUUAUUUACCAACCGAUUGACGCUGAUCCGCCAACUGGUUGUACACGAUAUCAGUUCAAAAUUCGAGCAAAAAAUGCAGCCAUGGAAGCCUUAUCGUUGGAAAGCAUCUAUGAAAUCGAAAUCGUCGAUUCGAAUGAUAAUAUUCCGAUGUUCAAUGUUAGCUCCUAUCGUGCACAAAUCUAUGAAAAUGAAGUAAAAGAUAAUUUACUCCGUGUUCAAGCUGAAGACAAAGAUAUCGAUCCGAAAAAUCGUAAUACAACUUACUUUAUUCGAUGUCCAAAUGAUGGUAAUCAACAAAAUCUUCAAUAUCAUUACAACAGUCCACUGUCGAAUUCUUUAUCAUGUCAAGGAAUCGUUUCGAUCGAUCCUGAAACCGGUUGGAUUAGUGUUCAACGACAAUUUGAUUAUGACAAUCCAGCUGAUCGUCGUUUCGUAUUUGAUGUUUUUGCUAAAAAUAUUCUUCCGUCGGAUCGAUGCAGCGGACAAAACACCAAAGAAUCUCAAGCACAAUCAUCUUCUCUUUCCUCAGGAGCAGAUGCCAACCCAACCAUUCAAAUCUGUGUUACUGAACAUCGUGUACCAGUAAUUAUCGAAGUUCUCGAUAGAAAUGACAAUGCGCCACAAUUCAAUAAUUUACCGUAUUUUACAAAAGUGAUGGAAGAUGCCGAACCUGGAACGACCAUAUUCCAUUUGAAUGUGAGCGAUGUUGACACAGAUGAUACUCUAACAUUCUCGAUCGUUAAUGAACAAGAAGCGAGUGCAUUUGCAGUGAAAGAAAAUACCGGCGAAGUUUAUCUUGCUUCUGCACUUGAUUAUGAACGUGUUCAACAGCAUAGUGUUGAAGUUCAAGUCAGUGAUUCCAACAAUGAACAUCGCGCUCGAACGAUUCUAACUGUGAUUGUCGAAGAUGCUAAUGAUAAUCCACCACGUUUUUUGAAUCUACCCAAGGAAAUCGUUGUCGAGGAAGGUCGGCAAACACUUGAUUAUGAUCAAUUGGUAUUCCGACAAUCAGGACGCUCGAAACGUGAUGCACAAAUGGGCCGAAAACAAAAAGAUCAUAAUAAAAAACGCAUAUCAACAUCGACUAGAUAUCCCGAUGAAGAUGACAAUACAGACAGUUUCUCAUCUCCACAACCCUAUACAUCCCGUGUUAUCUAUCGUGUUGAAGCCAUCGAUCCUGAUUUCGGUCGUCCAUUGAAGCUACCCAUUCGAUAUACAUUAACUUCAUCCAAUCCUUUGUACACUCAAUUCUUCGAAAUUCAUCCAUUGAACGGAACGAUUCAUUUGAAAAAAGAAUUAGACCGUGAUCCACCGAACGGCUUCGACGAAUGGUUGCUAACGAUCAUUGCCGCAGAUGAAGAUGGUCGCGAAGAUAUGGGCUCCAAGAAAAAUGCAUCAUGGUUAAAGAUUAUUGUCAAAGAUAUCAAUGAUUUAGCUCCUAUGUUUAUUGAUGUUGAUCCAAUCGGACAUAUACCAGAAGAUGCUCCUGUUGGCACACGUGUUGAAGGUUUGAGAAUAAAAGCGACUGAUUACGAUAAACUAUCUGAAAAUACUACACGAUAUGCACUGACAUUGAACACAAAAUCAAUCGAUGGCUCUGAUGUCUUUCGUAUCGAUGAAAUUACUGCAGAUAUCUAUCUGAAUGUUCCGAAUUAUCUCGACCGAGAAAAAACACCACAUCAUAAUUUAUCGAUUAUUGCCAGAGAUUCAGGUGAUCAAUCGGGAAAUUUACAAUCCAAAGAAUUGAAAAUCAUGAUUAUUAUUGACGAUGUCAAUGACAUGCCACCACGAUUUAAGCCACCAAAUCAACAAGCACAGAUCUCUGAAACCGCACAACGAGGUGAUUUCGUGACUGAGGUUCGAGCAGAAGAUGAUGAUGUCGGUGUGAAUACCCAUUCGUUGUAUGAAAUCAUCGAAGAAUGUCAACUAACUAAUGAUCAAAUGACACAAUGUUCACGUCCAAGACAUUUCAUUUUCAAAGAAACCUCAUUAGCUGAAAAGGGUACAAUUAUUCUUCUCGAACCAGUCAAUUAUGAUCCACCCGAUAAUCAAGUGAAAUUUCUCUUGAAAAUCAAAGCAACAAAUGGUGGAAGAUCUGAUAAUGCUACUGUGACAGUGUUUAUUACCGAUGCCAAUGACAAUGCUCCAGUCUUUUCCCAAUCGGUUUACUUUGCCAAUAUCAGCGAAAAUACCCCAUUGGAACAAGAAAUCCUCCGUGUACAAGCUACGGACAAUGACGUUAGUCCAAUAAAUAAAGAAUUCAUCUAUCGCAUUCCACCUGACCGUUCACAAUAUGAAAAUCGUCAGCAUUUACGUAUCGAUGCUAUCAACGGUCGAAUUUAUUUAAAGAAAAAUUUUGAUCGCGAGAAAUCGUCAACAAUCAGUUUGCCUAUUGAAGCUGUCAACAAUCAAAGUUCCAAUCCAUUAGUUGGUCGCGCUGUCCUUGUCAUCAACGUUCUUGAUGUUAACGAUAAUCCACCUCGAUUUGCUGAAAACUAUACACCGCGUAUACGUGAACACAAAGCUGGCGGUAGAAUCAUGGAAUUUGAAAUCAAUGAUCCUGACGAUCCAAAUAGCGGAAAGAACAAAUUUCAAAUGAAACUUGGUAAAAAUAACGUUUGGCCUGAACAAGGUGAUCCGAAAUUCCGACUUGAUAUUCAAUACACUGGUGACGGUCGACCACGUGGUACUCUCAGCAGUUUGCGCGAACUUGAUCGUGAGGAGCUUUGUCCAAAAGAUGACAAACAUAAAAAUCAACGUUAUUGUGGCAAAUACUACGAUUUACCAAUUUGGAUGUCUGACGGUGAACAGACCGGCGUUAAUGAUCUUCGAGUUCUUGUCGAAGAUAUCAAUGACAAUCCUUUCAGUAGUGGAUAUAAAUCGAUUGAUAUUUAUGAUUACAAAUAUACAUUGAGCAAAUUAUUAUCAACGUCGAACAUCUAUCUGGGUACUGUUUUUACGGAUGAUGAAGAUGAUUGGGAUUUACAUAAUAAAGUUUUUGAACUUCAACCAUCUGACGAUAACAAUUUUCUACGCGUAGACAAAGACUUACAAACAUCCCGAACACCAGGUGCCAUUUACUUAACUACACAAAACAAUAAUGCUACUAUUAAAUAUAAUAAUCCAUACAAAUACGAUGUUAUUGUUCGUGAUACACAUCCCCAAUGGUUAAAUCGUGAACCUCAAACAUCUUAUAUUGAAUUUCGUUUACAUGAAUUACCUUCGGAUGCAUUGGACAAUGCCGCGUCAAUUCGUCUUCAAGAUAUAACUGCCGAAGAAUUUAUUGAAACACGGUUUCGUACGGAGUCACUCCUAUCUAUCUUCAAACGUUUAAUCUUGGAAAUCAAUUCCCAAGCGCGUCAAGUCGAAGUCUUUUCAAUCCAAAAUCAUGAAAAUCUACCUCGCACAAUCGAUAUCUAUUACGCGUUACAUGGCAGUGACUAUCUAUCGAAGAUCAAAGUCAACGGUCUCGUGGAAAUCUCUCGUUCGAAACUAGAAAAAUCUUUCAAUAUAAGUCAAAUAGGCAUCAAUGAGUGUUUAAAUGCUGAUCAGCAGUGUUUCCUUAUUGGUUGCUUGAAUAAAGUCGAAAUUCAAUCCAAACAACCAUAUCUAAUCAAUGCCAAUCAAACAGCAUUUAUCGGUCUAAAUCUGAAAACAAUCGCACAAUGUGCUUGUGAUGCAGACAUCUCUGUACAACAAGAAAAGCAAAAAGAAUUAUUGAAAGCUCAAAAAUAUUGUCUCAAUGGCGGAUAUCCAACACGGGAUAAUCAUCAUAUCAAAUGCGUCUGUCCUGAUCAUUCGCUGUACAACGGUGGUGAUCGUUGCCAAUUGACAAGCAUUUCAUUCGAUGGAAAUGGUUAUGGUUGGUACAAACCGUUAACAACAUGUGACACGUGGAUGUUAUCAAUUGAAUUUUUGACUCAAACACCCAAUGGUACUAUCUUAUACAACGGGCCGUUGAAUAAACGAGCACCAUCGGAGGAUUUCUUUGCAUUACAAUUAUUAAACGGUCGUCUUCUAAUUGACUUGAAUUUCGGUAGUGCUGCAAGCGUCCGUCGACAUUUGAAAACCAGUGCAAAUCUUGCUGAUGGUAAAUGGCAUACGAUCGAAAUACGACAAAUUAGCACAAUUGAUCAUAUUCUGGAAAUUCUAAUCGACUAUUGUCCAUUGGCAAACACACCGAGACAACUUGGUGAAUGUCGAUUUAUGAUCGAAUUCAAUGAAGAUGACGUCUUCAGUACAAAUCAACCUUUACAAUUAGGUGGCCUUGCUUUGCAAGAACGACAAGAUCAUCCACAAAUCUUACCCAUGGAAUAUAUGGGUAACUUCAAAGGUUGUAUUCGUAAUCUUCGUUUUGCUGAUGAAUUGUAUGAUCUACACGUUGAUUUACACAGUGGUCAGUCAGUUAAUCUUCAUGAAGGUUGUCUUCUAACUGAUCUGAAAUGUCAAAAACUAUCGUGUCAAUCGAAUAAUGGCGUGUGCGAUGCUGAUCUCUAUCAAGCUCAAUGUGUUUGUAAAUCUGGUCGUACAGGUGCAACAUGCUCUCAAGAAACAACUGCAUACGAUUUUACGUAUGAUAAACAAACAUGGACAGGUGAUCGUGCAUCAUAUGCAACAUUCCGUCAUCAGCAUAAACCUGACAAUGAGUUAUCCUAUUCAUCACAGAUCUUGAAAUUCCAAAUUAUGUUUCGUACACGAGAAACAUCGGAGAAUAUUUUAACAUUAAUUGAUUUUCACAAUGAUGAUACGUUCAUGUUUUUGGAAAUCAAAUCUGGACACUUACAAGCACGAUUUGGCUCGAAAUCGGAUACACAAUCGAUCGAUUUAAAACAUGUUCUUGUUAACGAUGGACGCUGGCAUACAGCAUAUCUUGAUCGUUAUGGACAAAGAUUGUUUCUACGAGUCGACGAUGGAGAAUACUAUCGAUCGAAUAUGAGCUAUGGAAAAUCAAUGUGGAAACAUUUUCCAAACACACUACUAAAUGUUGGUGCUCGAAUCGAUUCCGCUGUUCAUAAAAUUGUCACUGCUGAUUUCAACGAUGGUUGUAUCAUGGAUGUUCGAUUUAAUGGUCAAGUACUCGACUUAUUAAACGGUUCAUCAUCUUCCGAUAUGAAAUGGACAUUUCAAUCCAAUAUUAAAGAAGGUUGUGACAAUCUCGACAAUUGGUGUCGCGGUGUACAAUGUCGUUCUCCAGCAUUCUGUGUCAACACAUGGAGAUAUGGUCAAUGUCAAUGUACAGAUGCAUAUAAAUAUAAUCCAACGAAUGAAACUUGUAUUCUAAACGAUUGGUGUUCGGAUAUAACAAAUCCAUGUCACAUGCCAGGUACAAAGAAUUGUCUAUACGAAGCGCGAGAAGAUUCAAUCAAGUGCGAAUGCAAAUCACGCUGGCAAGGUGAACGUUGUACAAUAAAAGCAAUGCCAUUAGCAGGAACAUUCAACUGGCAUAUCAUUGCAUCGACUAUUUUCUGUCUUAUAGUUAUUUUACUACUCGUUUUAUUACUCGUUUUAUUUACACGACAACGACAAUCGAAAAAAGCUUACAUACUUGGUAUGGAUGAUGAAAUCCGAGAUAAUAUUAUCAAUUACGAUGAAGAAGGUUGUCCUGAUGAAGAUCCAGUUACCUAUGACAUUUCAACAUUGAAGAAACCCGUUUUCGCAGCCAAUGGAACUGGUAAUGCAAAUCGAAAUGGACGACACAACUCGGAAUCGGAAAGUAAACCAUUAUUAAAAAAUGCUCCUGAUGGAAAUAACCAAACUGACUCGUCAAAGAAGAGUGUCAUCAGAAAAGACAUGCCACCUGUACCAGCACCAAAACCUGUUCUCAAUAAAAACCAAAUGAAUGGUUUAAGUAAUGGUAUAAACGUUGGAGAAUUCAUCAAAGGUCGAAUACGCGACAUUGACGAUGAUCCAUCUCAACCACCAUAUGAUAGCCUUCAAGAAUAUGCUUACGAAGGCGAACCAUUGGCAAGAAAUGAUGAAUGCUCGUUAUCAACAUUGACGAUUACUUCGAAAGAUCAGAGUGAGAUUGAUAAAGAACUUGAACUUGAAUAUCUAAAAAGCAUGGGACCCAAAUUUCAAAACAUCGCUAAACUCUAUGCAGGCAAUGGAGAAAAAGAAUCUUAA